AUGCGGGGCUCGACGGAGAAGGCGCCGCCCCCCCCCCCCACUGCCCGGCUCCCGGUGAAGGGGGUCGGACGGAGGAGUAGGGAGAAAGGGAGAGAGGGAGGAGGACUGCGGACGGCGAAGGGCGACGGUCCCCGGGCGGGGGUCCGCGCACGACGCGCCGGGCGUCCCGAUCGGUCUGCACUUAGGGGGAUGAAGGCGGACGAGUCCGCCUGUGACAGCCCCAGCCGCGGAAGCAUGCUCUCAGAGACCGGGGGUUUAAACGAGCUUGGAGAACCUACGGGCGCUCCAUCCCCGCACCGGUGGCCCGGUACAGGGGGAGGAGACAUUGAACCCCCCGUGCCCCCUCCGGAAGAGGGGGGAGAGUUGGGUACCCACCGGUGCACGGAGGAUGGCCAGGGCCUGAGCCGCCGCACCGCGCUGAGUGUCACGGUUCCGAGGGAGACCUCCAACACGCGGCCCGUCGUCAAGUCCCGCAGAGGCCCUGACGGGAGCAGGCCGGCGGGGCCGCGCGCUUUGUUGGCAGAGGCAGGCGAGCAACGGCAGAGGUGCCUUCAGCGGGUGGCAGGGACCCAGACCAGGGGUCGGGCCCGGCUCGGGGCGAGGCCCACGGGAGGCACCGGGCGUCGGGGGAACGGGGGAGGGAAAGAGGAAAAGACGAGACGCCCAGCCGCGCAGCACGGCAGACCCGCCCGGCCUGCACCCCCCCCGUAUGGAGACGUACAGACGGAGAGGAGGGAGGAUGCCGAGGACCUCACUGAACCAUCCAAUCGGUAG